AUGUCGUCCGAGGAGUUUGCGAGUGGAUUGGCGAUCGCGAAAGCACCAGAAUCGCCCUUGAAUAGAAAGUGCUGGUCUUCACUUGGGUUUUUCGGGUUCUUUGACGGCUCCCAGAAGCUUCUGAUGUUCGGGGUCGGCUGGGAUAAUCUAGAAGAGCGCCUCCCGACGACGAUGGACGGUCUUGGAUCAGUAUCCGGCUCCGUACACACAUAUUGGAUUAGACUCCUCAAGAUCAUGGCCAAGCCGACCACAUUCGUGUACGGUGGCCAAACUACUGGCCCCUUGGCUGAGAAGAUUUCGCGUCACGGUAGAUAUAGGGAGUCUCGCUGGCAGUGGCAGAUAGGGGAUGGCCAUUUCGGGACUUGGAAUCGGCCUGGGGCUUUAGAUGAAAGGCGUGUCGCAGCCUCAUAUGGCAACGCAUCCUGUGCACUCUACGAACUCGCUGAGAGCUUCCUUUUAGCCGCUCUGGGUCUGUUUAGGUCGAAUCUCUUUCUCAAGCUGAGCGAGCGAGUUCGUCUCCCAGUCGUCGCCUCUCAACCAGAGCGAUUUGGCCGACAUCUCAACAUCGGUUCAUUUCCUGAAAGCUCUAGGAAAUUUGAAUUCCAGGUCCUUCUUGACAGAAAGUGA